AAUAACCAAAGUACGGAAGAGGGUUGUACUGGAAGCCCAGUUCCUUCAGCAAGCAUUAUGGAGACUGGGACCCAGGAACCAAAGUUGAUUUCUGAAGACUUGCAUGGUAGAAGCAUUAAGAAGCAUGAUUGUCCUCCAAAGAGUUAUGACAGUGAAACAUCCUUAGAAACUCUUCAGAGCAAAGAUGUCCAACUCACCAGAGUGGUUUUGAUACCAUCUCGAAUAGCAGAACAAGGAGAAAGCCCAGAAUCCCUUGCAUCAGUCUGCUGUAACCAAUGGCACAUUCCAAGCUCAAAAGUCCAAAAUGACAACAGUAACACAGUUACAAGUCUUGAUGAACAAGAGCUGGAUGAGGUAUAUCCCAAAAGGGAACACUCACUUGUAUUAAAUGAAUGCAGCGACCAUCAAGAGCAAUGUGAAAGUGAAAUUAAAGUAGUUGUAGAUAUUCCUGCCCAAUCCCAAACUGUACUUUGUGAGCUGGAGAUGCAAGCAAAAGCAUCUUUACCAAGUAUUUCUAAAACUUUGGGAGACUCUGUGCAAGACAGCAACCUGCAAACUCUUACAAACCUAAAGGAGGGAGAAAGUUGUCUCAGUAAAGAAACCUUAAGCAAGAUCAAGCAGGAUGAUUCUAAUACAUUGACUUCAGACUCUCUUCAUGAAGAAGCAAGUGUGGAUGAUGCAUGUGCUAAAGAAUCUGUCAUAAAUGAGCAGUUGGGCGGUUUAUGCAGAAUGGCAGGCGACAGUGAUAAAAGCAACAUUGGUAUUACGGAACGCAUUCCAGCGGCACAGAAUACAGACACUGCUAAUGCCGUGCCGCAGACUCUGCCAAUAGAUUUCAAAAUAACUCAUGCUGAUGCUGAUUCUGAAAGAAACAGAACUGAUCAUAACCUACUUAGUAAUCAGACAGAAUUGGCAGAAGAACGUUCAGAUUCUGAAAUCAAAGAGAAUCUUAGUUUGGUUGAUGCAAUAAUAAUGAACGAUGAACAUGAAAAAAUAAAUUUUGAAAAGGACCUUACAUUCUUGGCUGAUGAAAUUGCAGAAGAACAGGAGUAUCAUCCUCUAGUAUUACCUGAACCCACAGAAACGCCUUCCAGCAAUACGUUGAAUAAAAUGGACAGUAUUCAGAAGACUGAGUUUCUACCUGGUGGCUCUGAAGGAGAACUGACAGUUCUUUCUACGUCACCAUUUCCAUGUGAACAGCACAUGUUGAUCCAACAACCAGCAGGCAGCUUGAAUGAUGGCAUUGUUGGUGAAGUACAAAAACAGGAGCUGGAAGUUGCAGCUUGCCAAAACGUCUUAGGUGCUGGUUCUGAUUUGCAUAUUGCCGCCGCUGCUGCUGGAGUCAUUUGGGAAGAUGAUAAUUCUGCAGAGAAAAACUCAAUAGAUCCAAGGAAUUCUAGAGUAGUGAAUUUAGACAACAUUCCUUCCGAGACAGUCCCAGGGAAACAGUCUGUGAUUCCUGAACAAGUUUUCCAGUCAGAAGAGAGUGCCAUGACCUUACAAAGCUCUGCUGAGGCAGGGCAGUUCGAAGGAAGUUUGUCGCCAUUUAAUUUCAAGAAGCUGCAGACGGAGAUCUCUGCAAUUAGAACAAAAGGAACGAAAAGCGAUGUCAGCUUCAAAGCCCAGCAAUGUGACAGCUCAGUGGAAUCUCUCUUCAGUUUUUCAAGCUUAGAAGAGAAGCUUCUGAGCCUUUCAUCUCUUGGUAAGCAAGCAGGCAGUAAUGAGGGCAUUGUAGCAAAUAUCACCUGUGCAGAUGACAAGCAGAGGAAGGGGGUAGAAAAUACACAGAAUGCAGAAAAAGGCAAAUGUGCUUCAACAGAGAAUUUCACCACCCCUAAGGCAGAAACUGUUAUUCCCACACAGUCUUCAGAACCUGAUGCUCAGACGUCCAGGGCCUUUGGCACCGGCUUUUCUGAUUUCAGGGAGCACAUUAGCAAAAUAUUUGAGAAAACAGUUCAAAGUGCUCUGAGGGCAGAAUUAUCACACCUUUCGGAUGAAAACAUUGCCAGUGACAAUGACAGCUCUGAAGUUAAAGAAAGGCCAGAAUUUAAGCAAGUCUUGGAAGCCAGAGAUGGAAACAGAGAACCUGAAUGUCACCAGAAAAUGGAAGGAGGCAUGUUGAUUUCAAAAGCUGAAACUUCCAGUGGAGCUACUCAAGAGAAGAUAGCUCAAGAAGAAAACCAACUCUUGACAAACAGUCAGGACUCUAGGGAGGAAAAGAUCCUUGUCAAGGAAUAUUGCUUAAGUGAUAUAUCGUCUUUAGCAUCUUUGCCAAACUUAGACCAUGAGUUGGAUGGCUCAAAAAUGAGCAAUAAUAAGAUGAAGAUUGAUGAAAGUGAACAUGUUAGUCCAGUGAGCAGCGAUAAUGGUGGCAAUCUAGUAAGCUUGGAAACAGGAAUACUACAACUUGCCAGUGAUUGCGGCCCAGGGACAGUGAAUCUGCUAUCUUCUCCUGACAGUAACCUCCCUAUCAUGACUGCUGACUCCACAGGAGUAAUUCCAAAGAGUGCAGAGGCAGGUGAUUUAAUUAGUGUGUGUAAUGCAGAACCAGGUUUGUAUGAGGAAGAGCCAAUUAUGGAACAUUAUGGAAACCUAUGCCACCACCUGAUGCCAAGUAAAGGUGAUGAAAAUGAAGAGAGUAUUUUAAAUUCAGGCGACGUGUCACCAUUGCCGUUUCUUCUAGAUGUUCUUUGUGAACACGAAGAACAAACAGAACAGUCCAGAAUGUUGCCAGGUGAAAAUGAGAAGAAAUCUACUGGCUGUAAUCUUCUGGAUGAAAAUUUGCACCAGGAUGAAGGAUAUACUAUGCUGGAUGGGUUGGGAGAUACAAAACACCCACAACUGUCUCAAGAGCAAGGACAGGAGACAGAAACACAUGGGCUCAUAGAUUACUUAAAAAAUGAAGUACACCCUGAUGAUUGUUCCCCAGGUAACUGUAAACCGGAACCCGGCAAUGUAGAAGAAGCAAAUGACACCGUGUUGAGCACAGCAGAAACUGAAGAACAUAUUUCUGUUGACACUCCUAAAAAAAGUAUUACAGGGAUAUUAUUCACUGAGGAUAGUGACUCAGCUUUGCAACCCAGCAUUUGUGAUCAAGGGUCUGAUGCAGAAAAGCAUUCAGAAAGUAUUCACAGGUUGGAACAAAAUGUGUGUUUUAAGACUACAGAUGCUGUUGUUACUUCUGCAAAUCAGAAUGGAGAAAAGAAUUGGACACAAGAGAGUUUUCUUCAAAAUACCCAGGGCAAGAAAUCAGCUGCUUCACUCACUGAACAGAAGCAGAACCUUCCCAGUGAACACCCAAGUAUGGCUACUGAAGGAUUACCUGCUGAAAGCACUAUUCCUGAGCUCUGUCACUCUCUCCUUGCUGCACCUGAGAAGGACGCUAUAAUAGUAGCUGCCAAAGACACCUCAGAUGAGGCAAGAGAUGCCAACAAAGUAGAAAGUUCUUCGGUCCUUGAUGAUGUUAUAAAAUUAGUGCCUGCUGUGGUUCAUUCUAAGGAGCCACUAGCUACUACUGUCUCCGAUGGACACGUUGCUGCUCUGGAUUCUGUUGAGCUGACUGCAUCAAGUAUUUCCAAGCCUGAUGGUUGCCAAGGAAUUGACAGAGCCAUCACAUCUUUCCCCGGCCAAGGAACUUUGACUUUGGAACCAGUCACUGAUGUGGAACUAUCUGCUCAAGGAAGUGGGGAUCUGACUGAGGAAAGAAAGAGGAGUUCAGAUUCUGAAGAAGCUUUUGAAACACCAGAGUCUACAACGCCUGUAAAAGCCGCACCUCCGCUGCUACAAACACCGCCGGAGGCUCCGACGUUUGAUGUAGAAGAACAGGAAAUAAGGCCUCAACUUCCAUCUGAGGAUACAGGUUUUUGUUCUGACACAGUAUCAAUUACUGAAGUUUCACAUAGUGAAUCAAUUGAAGAAAGUCCAUUCCGUCCUCCGUCUCAUUCAUUUUCUACUGUUUUUGAUGAAGACAAGCCCAUUGCUAGCAGUGGGACUUACAACUUGGACUUUGACAACAUUGAGAUUGUAGCCUCUUUGCAAACUGUAGAUCCCAGCUCUCUGGACUCAAGAAGCGGUGACUCCAAGGCACAUGUCCGGAGAAAAUCCACAGACUCUGUUCCAAUUUCCAGAUCUACUUUGUCUCGGUCCCUUAGCUUGCAAGCUGGUGAUUUUGAUGGAGCAUCUUUUCUCGGUAAUAACGAGACAGUGGGUUCAGCAACAGAUACAUUUGGUACUGGUUCAAGCAGCGCUUCAAGUACUCUUAAACGAACAAAGAAGCCUCGGCCAGCUUCCUUAAAGAAAAAGCAAUUGGCAAAAAAAUCCUUAGACGUUCCACCAGUGAAAGAACCAGAACCAUCUGAAAGCAAGCAGGAAUCUGAAGCCCCAAGUGGGGAACAGACAUCUGGAGACAGAGUGGAACCUACUGAACCUGAAAGCACUGAGACUUCCCAAAGUACUGCUGAGAAACAGGAGGCCCCUCCUGUUCCUGAAGCAGCACAUCCUUUUGACCCUAAUAACUCUGAGGAAAUUACUGCAUUUAGUACUGGUGACGACGAAGUGCAGAACUCCCCUCCUGUUGGUAAGAAAGCCCUUGCUCUUUCAACUGCACCAGAGGCCGUGGAGGUGACUCCGUCUGACACUGGGGGACAAGAAGAUCCACCAGUGAAAGGCUUAGCAGUUAGACUGGAAUUUGAUUAUUCUGAAGAAAAAGGCAGUGGAGAAGAACAACAAGAAAGUGUUUCUCUGCCCAAGAAAGUGGGCAAAAAACCUGGUGCUAAAAUGCCACUCAGGAGGCCAAAGCCUAAAAAGCCUGUGGAGAAACUUGACAAUGCUCCUGCCACUCCAGCCAAGGCACCUGGUGAUCCAAAUGACAUUCCUAUCCCCAAAGGCUCUUAUUCUUUUGAUAUUGACAAAUGGGAUGAUCCCAAUUUCAAUCCGUUUUCUUCCACUUCCAAAAUGCAAGACUCCCCCAAACUGCCUCAACAAACUGCAGCAACAUACAGUUUCAGUCCAGAUAUGUGCGAGGACUCCAUUGACCCUUUCAAGUCUUCCUCAAAGGUAGCCAGUUCUCCCACAAAAUCUCCAGCCUCCUUUGAGAUACCAGCUAAUGCCAGUGAAAUCAAUGGAAUGGAAGGGGAUUGUGUCAACAAACCUGCAAAAAAGAAGAAGACACCACUUAAGACUGAUACUUUUAGGGUGAAAAAGUCACCAAAAAGAUCUCCACUGUCUGAUCCACCAUCUCAGGAAACCAUGCCACUGCCCACUGCUGAAACUCCCUCCAUUGUAUCCACUGUGGUUCAUGCAACAGAUGAGGAGAAACUUGCGUCUUCCGUAGGCAGUCAGAAGUGGACCUGUAUGACAGUGGACUUAGAUUCAGAUAAACAGGAUUACCCUCAACCAUCAGAUCUGUCAACUUUUGUAAAUGAAACAAAAUUCAGUUCUCCUACAGAAGAGCUGGAAUAUGGCAACUCAUAUGAAAUAGAAUAUAUGGAGAAGAUAGGCUCCUCUAUAAUUCAGGAUGAUGAUGCUCAGACAAAGCAGUCUUUGUACCUCAUGUUUGAUGCACAGCAGGAGAGUCCAGUCAAGUCUCCUCCAGUCCGAUUAUCAGAUUCUACAACUCCUUGUUCUGGGUCAAGCUUUGAAGAAACAGAAGCCCUGGUGUCCUCUGGAAUAAAAUUACAACAUCCAGCUUCACGAUCCCUGGCAUCUAGCCAAGACGCACAAAUACAGUCAUCUGACAAAUCAAAAGGAAAAGAAUUGGAGCCUAUGACCUUAGGAAUCAAUUCAAGCAGCAUUGACAUAACCCCACCUGAGGACUCCUUUCUCUCUGCUGAUGCUCUUCUCAAUAGGAUAUCUCAUCCACCUUCAGUGUGUGAUCAGCUUCAGUAUCUAGAGCCUGACUUAGCUGAAAAGAAUCCCCCAAUAUUUGCUCAGAAACUUCAGGAGGAGUUAGAGUUUGCUGCAAUGAGGAUAGAAGCUCUGAAGCUAGCCAGACAAAUUACUCUGUCUUCUUUCAGCUCCGUAGAUACUGAGAGAGAGCCUGCAGUGUCAUCGGAUGUUUCCAUCUCUAAAAGUACGCUGUACUCCCGGAUAAGCAGCUCAGAGGCAGAAAGUACCUCCGGUUUGCUUUACCAGCAGCAAGAUUUGGAUUCUGCAUUGAGAGUUGCCAGGGAAGAGGUUGUAACUAAGGAAAGGGAAGUCUCAGAAUGGAAAGAUAAAUAUGAAGAGAGCAGGAGGGAAGUAAUGGAAAUGAGGAAAAUUGUAUCAGAAUAUGAGAAGACGAUUGCACAGAUGAUCGAGGAUGAACAGAGAGAAAAGUCAAUGUCCCAUCACACAGUUCAACAACUGGUUAUGGAAAAAGAGCAAGCAUUAUCAGACCUGAAUUCUGUGGAAAAAUCUUUAGCAGAUCUUUUUAGAAGAUAUGAGAAAAUGAAAGAAGUUCUUGAAGGGUUUAGGAAGAAUGAAGAAGUAUUAAAGAAAUGUGCACAGGAAUACUUAUCACGAGUAAAAAAAGAGGAACAAAGAUACCAAGCCCUGAAAAUUCAUGCAGAAGAAAAACUGGACAGAGCCAAUGCUGAAAUUGCACAAGUCCGCAGCAAGUCUCAGCAAGAGCAAGCAGCUUACCAGGCUAGUCUCCGUAAAGAGCAGCUGAAAGUGGAUGCAUUGGAAAGAACACUGGAACAAAAGAAUAAAGAAAUAGAAGAAUUGACAAAGAUUUGUGAUGAACUGAUUGCCAAAAUGGGGAAAAGCUAACUUUUAACCAAAAUCAUGGAUUUCAACCUCGAGUGCAAUAUGACCAUUGGCACACUGAUGUCUACACAUUGAUGUGGACGGGAUCUAUUUUCACGUUUUUGUAUGCACUACUGUAUUUUUUUCUUUUCUUAAAAAUAUUGAUUUGAUUGUAUGCAGUACUAAGAAGACUAUCAGAAUUCCUUGCUAUUGUUUGCAAUUUUUUCCUAGUAUAAUUCAUAGCAAGUUGAUCUCAAAAGUUCCUGUAUCAGGGAGAUUUGUCAAGGUCUUUAAUAAAUUACAAGUUGCUCAGCCUAGCCUUCCCUUUGUACAUGAGUUCCCA